GUAUGCGAUAGAUUGGUCUUAAAUGGCUGGGUUUUUAUUUCAAUGAGUUCUUGAAGCCAUCCCUGAAGCCAUCCCAGCAAGUGGCCAUCGGUUGUCACCGUCCAGAUUCUCAGCAUCCUAAGGAAGUCCACUUGCACCAAAGAGGGCCACCCAGUUAAAUACUACAAAAUCUGUGAGGCAUAGUCCACAAAAAAGCAUCCUCAAAUCAAGAAAGGAAAUUUAUACUGAGAAACAGUGAGGAUCAUUUGAGUACUGUCUGAGACUAAUACAACCCAGGAGACCAAAAUGAUCCUCAACUCUUCUACUGAAGAUGGUAUUAAAAGAAUCCAGGAUGACUGUCCUAAAGCUGGGAGGCACAAUUACAUAUUUGUCAUGAUCCCCACGUUAUACAGUAUCAUCUUUGUGGUAGGAAUAUUUGGAAACAGUUUGGUGGUGAUUGUCAUUUACUUUUAUAUGAAAUUAAAGACUGUGGCCAGUGUUUUUCUUUUGAAUUUAGCACUAGCUGAUAUAUGUUUUCUACUCACAUUGCCCCUGUGGGCUGUCUACACUGCUAUGGAAUACCGCUGGCCCUUUGGCAAUUACCUGUGUAAGAUCGCUUCAGCCAGUGUCAGUUUCAACCUGUAUGCCAGUGUGUUUCUCCUCACCUGUCUCAGUAUCGAUCGAUACCUGGCUAUUGUUCACCCGAUGAAGUCCCGCCUUCGACGCACGAUGCUUGUUGCCAAAGUGACCUGUGUCAUAAUUUGGCUGCUGGCUGGCCUGGCCAGUUUGCCAGCCAUCAUUCACAGAAAUGUAUUUUUCAUCGAGAAUACCAACAUCACAGUGUGUGCUUUCCAUUACGAGUCUCAAAAUUCAACCCUCCCCAUAGGCCUGGGCCUGACCAAAAAUAUACUGGGUUUCCUUUUUCCUUUUUUGAUCAUCCUUACAAGUUAUACCCUUAUUUGGAAGGCCCUGAAGAAGGCUUAUGAAAUUCAGAAGAACAAGCCAAGAAAUGAUGAUAUUUUUAAGAUAAUUAUGGCAAUUGUUCUGUUCUUUUUCUUUUCCUGGGUUCCCCACCAAAUAUUCACCUUUCUGGAUGUAUUGAUCCAGCUGGGCAUUAUACACGACUGUAAAAUUUCGGACAUUGUGGACACUGCCAUGCCCAUCACCAUUUGCAUAGCUUAUUUUAACAAUUGCCUUAACCCUCUUUUUUAUGGCUUUCUGGGGAAAAAAUUUAAAAAAUAUUUUCUCCAGCUCCUGAAGUACAUUCCUCCGAAGGCCAAAUCCCACUCAACCCUAUCAACAAAAAUGAGCACACUGUCUUACCGCCCCUCAGAUAACAUAAGCUCGUCGGCCAAGAAGCCAGUACAAUGUUUUGAGGUGGAGUGAUGCAUUCAAAACCUGUCUGCAAAGGAAUCUUAUGGAAGAAAGAGCCCAAGAAACAUUUCUCUCCAGUGCUUCACUAUCAAAGGAGCAAUAGUUGUGUUUCAGGAGUUAAGUGGACUGUAGCUACUUUUCUAAAGCUCUGAACAAAAGCUUUGAUUUCUCUUUGCAAGAACAACAGCAAAAGCAAAGACACAUUUUGCUUUGAAAAGCAAUGGCUGCCCAAGAAUGCCAGAAACUGGAUGACUUUAUGGACUUGGAAAACUUUACUGGCAGCGAUGGAAUCUUCUCAUUCUUUUCUUGUUCCGUUAUUCUUGAUUUCCACGUAAAGGUAUUUAGACUAUAUUAGACCUCCAGACAGACAACAGGAGAUCAGAGCUCAGGACUGAUCUGCCCAGUUUCCAGUAGGAAUAAAGCAUUUGUGUCUGGUGAGCUUUUACCAGCUGUGGCCCACUUGUAUCCACUUCUUCUCAUUUUGUACAGACUCACCAAGAAGGAGUCGCUAUGUUUCAGAACCUUUUGUGAAAUUCAACAUGUCUUCAAGGCUCAUACUGCCGAAAGGUUGCCUUAAGGUGGCUUACUUGAAGAAUGAUGUUACUAAUGUUACACAUAAGUGAACUAUUUACAAAGCUAUUACUCUGUCCCGGGUCUGUCUUUCUAGUCAUAUUUUUAUUUUGUAUCUCAGAAAUGUCUAUAGUCUCUGGUAAAAAGAUUAU